AUGCAAGCAAACGACGAAACCACUCAAGUCAUCACGGAAUCAUCUGGCACAACUAAGCCCGUGGAAAGGAGCAGUCAAUCCUCGAGAGCAAUCAUCCACCACCACCUCGCUGUUGGUGUUUGCGGGAUCCUCCUUGUAUCAUCCCUUGUCUUUUGUCUUCAUGAAAUAAACAAUGCCAAAGAUGUCCCGCUAAUUCAAAACAAGAUUCAAUUGACUUCUCGAAGGAACUUGAGGUCCCUCAGUGCAACAAUCCAACAGUGUGCCCCUCCUAUACCAGGCGACAUGUGCUACACUGAAGAGCACUACGGAGCAUGCCGGCUCUUACAGCAAGAAGGCUGCCGCAACAUUGUGUCAACAGGUAGCUGUCAGCCAAAGUUCCAGUGCCAAGACUACUGCUUCGGUAUGCGGCCUCAGUCUGGAAACGUAUGCCACACACUCGAGAGCUAUAGCCAAUGUCGUUCCAUUGAAGCCCAAGGAUGCAGCCAAAUCACUUCUACUUCCAGCUGCCCUCCAAGCUUUCAUUGUUCUGAUUUUUCAACACCUGAGAACCCCAUCGAGCAGAGUGUGAGUCAAUGCUUACCACCUAUACCAGGGGACACAUGCUCCAAUGAAGAGACCUACGGCCAGUGUUCGCUCUUGCAACAACAAGGGUGUGAAAGAAUCUCCUCCACUGGAUGUCCUGCUCGCUUUCAAUGCACGGACCCACCUCCACCUAGCCUUCACAACAUGGAUAGUGCCACCAAUAGUGCCAUUGAACAGCACCACAAGGACAUCCCAACAAGAGCAGUUUCCCGUCAAAGCACGCCUGCUUGUUUCGAACCCGAUGGAGGCUGCCAUACCCAGGAGAGCUAUCAACAAUGCACUAGUCUCGAGAUGCAAGGAUGUCAGUUGAUUGCAUCCACAAGAUCGUGUCCACCCCGCUACUUUUGUGCGGGGGAAUCGGCCAUGACUAAAGAGCCAACAGAAACAGUUGUCAAUCCAGGCAUGGAAGAGCAGUGUGCGAGGCCUGGUGAUGGCUGCGACACACAGGAAAGCUACGAUGAGUGCCUGAGCUUGGUCCAGAUGGGCUGCACAACUCUCAUGGCUUCCAUGAGCUGUCCUCCCCAAUACCAGUGCGCCGAAGCCAAGUCUCCCAAUGCACCAUCCAUCCAAAGCCAGUGCGUCCCACCGGGUGAUGCCUGCCACACAUAUGAGAGUUACCAGGAGUGUUUGGAGUUGCAACAAGUGCAAGGUUGUCCGCAUCUUCUCGCUACAGCCUCUUGUCCUCCUCACUAUCGAUGCGAACCGAAUUAG